AUGAAUAUCGUCUACCUGCUCAGCGAUUGUGUAUGGAUUAUCAAGCGAUUCUUGGUCAGUUUAUGCAAUAUUGGUGUUAUUCCAACCGGUUCGAAGUGCUCGAGAGCAGUUCAUGGGAUUGAAGACGAUGUGUUGCCGGUGACAGGCGGAGGUUAUAGAGGGAGAUCGCCGGCAACCGUGGGAGAUGAUCAGGGAACAAUUUUAGAUGCCAAAUCUUGUCCCAAUGAUAAAGGAAACACCAAAACAAUCAAAUCGUCAUCGCAACUUCCAGUGACAGAGGAGAAAAAGGAAUCUGAAGAUGACUCUACACAGUUCGAUUUGGAUUCUUGUGGCAGUCUUCUUCCUUCUGGUUCUACUAUCGAAGAUGGAGUGACUGAUGCAACAAUUGAUCUCACUACGUCCUCCUCCUUGGGUCCAGUUGGAGUAAAAAAUCUAACUGAUGAUACCAAAAAUUUGGAACUUUUGACUUAUUCCCAUCCAAGCGCAUCUUCAACUCACGAAGCUACGGUUGUGGAUCAAGGUGGAAUAGGAUCAAUCCAAUCUGAGGAUGGGCAUUUUAUUGAUGGUAAAAUAGCUGGACAGAAUAUUGAUCUAUUUUAUGAGUUGGAAUAUGUAGAUGAUUUUCAUAACCAACCAAAGAAUGAAGCUGAUCCUUCAAGCCUUAAGCAAGCAACAAUCUCCAACGAGGGUGGAGAUUUGGAUAAACAAAGGUUGGAAAUAGAGGAAUGUGGGGCAGUGGCUAAUGUCGCCAUGGAUACACUAAGUUCUGUGACCACUACUCCCUCUGACCAAUCACAAAGCGCAAGGCAAAGAAGAUACAAGAGGCUUUCACACUGCAUGUUCAAAAGCUGGCAAAUGCACAACGAGAAACCAAGAAUUUUGAACUCAAAUUCUUGUAUAAUGUUAGUUCAGCAAGUCAAGAAGAGCAUGGAGUCAAGAUGGCACGGGAAAAGUUGUGUAAUUUGGAAGAUGGCACGGGGAACGAAAAAAGUGUGCAGAAUUUGUGAAGAGGUGGCUAUCCAACUUGCAUCUCUUGGAAUUUCGUGAUGUCAAGGUUGUCAAACAUUACCAUUAUGAGGGGCGGAUUACAUAGCACAUAUUUAAGACAAUUUAAAAAAAAUUCUUUUUAAUUUUGAGAAA